AUGCCAGCUAUUCGUAGAGACCGCAACGGCUCGCUUAUCGCCACCCCCACGCCCACACCACCACCACAACAACCCUUUGUCAUCACCGUCGUUGACCACUCUCUCACAUACGACACCCACAACAUCUACGACAUCACUUUUGAUUCAAAUCUCACCAUCCAAACUCUCCUAACCUCAACUCCCUCCAUAGUCGACACCUGGUUCCUCGAAACCCUCCGCCUCCCCUCCCCCUCCCCCCUCCUCAUCGGCCUCGAUAUCGAAUGGCGCCCUAACUUCCAACGCGGCCAAUCUAACCCAGCCGCCGUCCUCCAACUCUGCAUCAACAACCGCUGCCUCGUUUUCCAAAUCCUUCAUUCCCCCUUCAUCCCUGAUUCCCUCCUGACCUUCCUCGCCAACCCUAACAACAGAUUCGUCGGAGUUGGAAUUGGAGCUGAUGUAAAGAAGCUUCUAGAAGAUUAUAAUAUAAACGUAGUGAAUUUCGUUGAUUUACGAAACCUCGCUGCUGAUGUGUUGAAUGAUCGGGAGAUGUUGAGGACGGGUAUUAAAUCUUUGGCGCGACAUGUGAUUGGGAAAAGUGUUCAGAAACCGAAGAGGGUUUCUAUGAGUAGAUGGGAUAAUGUUUGGCUUAAUGCCGAGCAGGUUAAGUAUGCAACUGUUGAUGCUUUUGUUUCGUUUGAGAUUGGUCGUCGUCUUUAUUCUAAUCAGGAUUGA